GUUACUGCCUAUUAUUAUAUAGAAACUUUCUUCCAAAUCCAACGGCUCUCAUCUCUCCUCCGCCUCUCCUUUCCCAGCUCAUUGCUUAGGCUUCACUCUUUCCCUACUUGCCAGCUCACUCACUACCUGUCAUUUCCGUUCUUCCCACCGCCACCGCUUUCCCCAGCCCUGUAGCUUCGCACGCAUCGGUGGUCUCGCAUGCCUUUGCUCUCUUCCUCUCGCUGAGUGAUGUUUGAUUUUUAGGCCAUAUACUAUUACAUAAUAUUCACUGCCGUUGGAAAAAAAAAAAACACAACACAAUCUUCGAAUUUUCAGUGAUUGACACACCACGCCAUGUCCACACGUUCUUCUUCGUCCACAUCUUCUUCGUCUUCAUGUGGAUCUUCGGGAACUACCAUUGCAUGGAUCGGUUAUGGCAUAGCCGCCAUUACAGCUGCAGCGAUUGGAGCCCGCUUCUAUCUGGGUCAAACAACUAAGUUCCGAAGCCGGGUCGUUGGCAUUAUUCCCGCCCGUUUUGCUUCCUCCCGCUUUGAGGGCAAGCCUCUCGUUCAGAUCCUCGGGAAGCCCAUGAUCCAGAGAACAUGGGAAAGGGCAAAGCUUGCGGGUUCGUUGGAUCAUAUUGUUGUGGCCACGGAUGAUGAUAAGAUUGCAGAAUGCUGCCGAGGGUUUGGUGCUGAUGUCAUAAUGACCUCAGUGUCUUGUCGAAAUGGUACCGAGCGUUGCAAUGAAGCACUUCAGAAGCUUGAUAAGAAGUAUGACAUAGUUGUCAACAUUCAGGGUGAUGAGCCUCUUCUUGAACCUGAGAUUAUUGAUGGAAUUGUAAAAGCUUUGCAGGAUGCACCAGAUGCAGUAUUUAGCACUGCAGUUACAUCUUUAAAACCAGAAGAUGCAUUUGAUCCUAAUAGAGUGAAAUGCGUGGUGGACAAUCGAGGUUAUGCGAUCUACUUUUCUAGGGGGUUGAUUCCAUAUAACAAGUCAGGGAAAGUCAAUCCACAGUUUCCAUAUUUACUUCAUCUUGGAAUUCAGAGCUACGAUUCCAAGUUUCUCAAGAUAUAUCCUGAGCUUGAGCCUACUCCCUUACAACUAGAAGAGGAUCUGGAGCAGCUUAAAGUCCUUGAAAAUGGAUACAAGAUGAAGGUGAUUAUGGUUGACCAUGAAGCUCAUGGUGUUGACAUUCCAGAAGAUGUUGAGAAGAUAGAAUCUCUCAUGCGUCAGAAGAAUUUGUCUUAGGUAUUUUUUUUUUUUUUUUGGAAGAAAGAAUUUGUCUUAGUUUGUUUGUAUACUACACAUCUAUAUUAUAGAAAAACACAAUCAAAGUUGUCCAUUUAAACUUGAUUAUUAGUGGCUCGACGCUUCGAGCCAAUUGUCUGGUUCACUUGGUUAAGGGAAAAAUAAGAGUGUUAAUUAAAUAACCAACCAGAUAUAUUUAUGUUUUUGUCCAGCUGUAAUCACUCUUUGUAAGUCCAUUUUUUGUAUUCAUUGUCAUUAAGACUGUGCUCUA